AUGAUUUUUACUUCCUUUCUGGCGACCUUGGUUGCCAUUUUCGCUGCAACGUUAGCACAUGCAUAUCCAAAUGAAGAGCACCCGUGGCCUACGAUGACACCCCAAGAAAUUGCGCUCGCUAAAGAAACGUGGGAAGAAGGAGAAAAGAGCAACACCGUUUGCUGCCCAGUACCUGGUCAAUCCUGGCAGGCCAGCUCUAAAGAAACAGUCCGAGACAACCUCAAAAUGUUUAAAGCAAAACCCAAGCCACUUCCCCCACCAAAAACUUGUAAGCAGAUGUGGUGCGACAAAUCUACCGAGAUAAUUUUCUGCAAUACAAACCUUACAGCAGUCACGGAUGAAAGGAUCGACCUGGACGCAGGAGUUGGUCUGGUUGGUGCUUAUGUCAAUAGUACUCUACACAACUGCCCGAACUCGUGUGGACAAGUAUUUGCCGAUUCAAUGGGAUUCAACGUCAUUAUUGCUGGGGGUGCAACUUGCGAGAAGAAUGUAGAUGCUCCAGUUCAUGGUUCGGGUCCCAAGAUAGAUUAA